UCUGCGCGGAACCGCCGGGAAUGUCUGGGAAUACCGUGGAUUUCUGCCGUGAGCCCGGAGUGCCCUUUUUUUCCAGGAUGCCCUCCGUCUCUCUGUCUCUGCCCACCGCUCUGGCGGGGAGGGCCAGGACCUGGGUUUGCCUCUCCUGCAUGUUCUGGCCCGACGAGCUGGAGGGCGUCCACACGCACACCUUCAAGAUGAAGCCGUUCAAGACGAUCAAGAGCUGCGACAUAUGCAAGCAGGCCAUCACCAAGGAGGGCUUCAUCUGCAAAGCGUGCCGGUUGUCCUGCCAUAGAAAAUGUGAAGGGAAGGUCACCACAUCAUGUCAACCAAGUAUCAACAACUAUGACCUGCCUCCCACUCCUCAGAUGCCAUUAAAGCAUGUAGAUACGCCGGGAUCUGCGAGGUCCUGCAAGAGUGUGGAGCUAUUGCGAAAGCAGUCGCGGAGUCAGAGCGUGGCUCAGGCCAUGGAGGAGAGCUACGAGGUGGACCUGGUCUACAUCACGGAGAGGAUCAUCUCCGUCUGCUUCCCCGCCGCCGCCGAUGAACGCAGCUACACCGCCAACCUCAAGGAGGUGGCGACGAUGCUGCGGUCCAAACACGGGGAGCACUAUCUGAUCCUCAACCUGAGCGAGCGGAGGAGCGACUUAUCCAGUUUGAACCCGAAGGUUGUGGAGUUCGGCUGGCCAGACCUCCACGCACCGGCGCUGGACAAGAUCUGCAGCAUGUGCAAGACCAUCGACAUGUGGCUCAACGGAGACCCGCGCAACGUCGUGGUGCUGCACAACAAGGGGAACCGAGGCCGAACGGGGGUGGUGGUGGCUGCGUACAUGCACUACAGCAACAUAUCCGCAAGCGCCGACCAGGCGUUGGACCGGUUUGCUAUGCGGCGUUUCUACGAGGACAAAGCGAUUCCUGUGGGCCAGCCGUCGCAGAUAAGGUAUGUGCGAUACUUCAACGGCCUUCUUUCCGGACUAAUCAAAAUCAACAACAAGCCUCUGUUCCUGCAUCACGUCAUCAUGCACGGCAUCCCCAACGUUGAGUCCAAAGGAGGCUGCCGUCCUUUCCUGAAGAUCUACCAGGCGAUGCAACCCGUCUACACGUCGGGAAUAUACAAUGUGCAAGGAGACAGCAGCACGAGUAUCUGCAUCACGAUCGAGCCCGGCCUGCUCCUCAAGGGAGACAUCCUGUUGAAGUGCUACCACAAGAGGUACAGGAACUCCACCAGGGACGUGAUGUUCAGGGUGCAGUUCCACACCUGCGCCAUCCACGACCUCGGGGUGGUGUUCGGGAAGAACGAGCUAGACGAGACCUUAAAAGGUAAUGGCUCUGCGGAUGAGAGGUUCUCAGAGUACGGCAAGGUGGAGUUUGUUUUCUCAUAUGGACCAGAAAAAAUCAAAGGCCUGGGCCACCUGGAAAACGGGCCGAGCGUCUCUGUGGACUACAACACCCAGGACCCUCUGAUCCGCUGGGACUCGUACGAGAGCUUCAGCCAGCGCGGCGAGGAAACUGCAGACGGCGAGCAGGAUGUUGGUCACACCCAAGGUCCACUUGAUGGAAGCCUAUAUGCCCGGGUCUGCAAGAAAGACUCCCUGGAGGGAGUUGUCACCAUCAACGGCCUCCCAGUCCAUGAAAACCUUCUGACCAAUGUUGAGAACCCCUUACAACAACCCAGUCAUCGGCUCCAAACCACUGACCAGACCCUUCCUGUGACAGGCCACGCCUGCCUCCCUGCCGUCGAUCACACCCUCUCCGUGAGCAGCGACUCGGGCAACUCCACCGCAUCCGUCAAGACUGAUCGUACUGAUGAGCACAGCCAAUCCCUGCAGGGUGCCGUGAACCCCACGAACCCGACAGCGGCCCACCCGCCGCUCAGCCCGCAGGAGAAAAGAGAGCUCGACCAGCUUCUGAGUGGCCUCGAAGCGCCAACUCACCAACGACAAGCCUGCCUGUCCACCAGUCCAGGAGGAGGUGUCCGACACCUGGUCCCAGCGCAGGUCCACUUCAACGGGGGCCACACCAGGCUAGCUGCCGCCCCUUCGACGGAGGAGCGUGAGACAGAAAUUCUCGACGACGAGCUGCCAAACAACCAAGAGGGCAACAGUGUGGGCAGCUUGGGCACGCUCUCAUCCCUGGAGGCGACACCGGCAGACCACUCCGACCAAUCGCAGACGGCCACCAGCAGGCAGAACGACGGACCCUACCUUGAGAGAGUUGUUCUUGGGGAAAAGUUGAGCGAGAUGCCUGUGCAUGGAGUACGAACGCCAACGGCGAUGCUGGAGAGGUCUGUGGACUCUGCGUCGCCAAAGGGGGGAUGCAACAACUACGAGAACGGAGGAGGGAUGUACCGUUCAGAGUCUUUUGGGAAUCCGCUAGCCGGCAGCUCUGAGACCAACCCGAAACUGAUGCCCAGGGCCCCAGAGAGGAGCACCAGUAGCCGGGAGGCUGUUCAAAGAGGUCUCAACACCUGGCACCAGUACAGCCUCCCAGAUGAUCCCUUUGGCCCUCCUCUUCAAUCAACCCAUAGCUUGCCCCACUUCCCCACCUCAGCCUCGCAGCGGGACAUUGAGCAGUCCAUUGAAGCGCUCAACAUGCUCAUGCUCGACCUGGACCCAAUCAAUUCCCAAAUGUCCACAUCCCACAGUGCGCCUCCUGGGGAGGACAGCCUCAGUUCAUCCCAGGCGCCCUUCUCGCAGACCCUUGCAAGACCCUCAUACCAAGCAGACUCUGCCAUCCAUGGGUACAACAACUCUGGGUCCGUCAACAACUCCUUUAAUCAGCCCCUGCGGUCGACUGGGAGAGUGUUGCCCAACCAAAGCCCCCUCACGGAGCCCCCGGUCUAUUCUCCCCAGAGGUCCAACACCGGCUACCAACACCAAAACACCACCCCAACACACACCCCAGAGCCCUCCCCACACACACGCCAAGCAGCCCACAAUUACCCCACAGAUCCCUCCCCGAAUUUCAACCAACAGGUGCCAGCGAAGCCUGUGAACUCGUACCCAGGAAGCGGGGUUUCCCACUCCCCCGACCCGCAGGGCUCAUCUCCUUAUCCAGGCUACAGUGCCUCUUCCUCUCCUCUCCCCACGCUCACCCCGCAGCCACAAGACACGUCUACUUCAUCUUUGCCCAGAGAAGACGAAGCAGAGGAUGAGGCGCUUAACCUGGAGGGCCUGGUGGCUCACCGCAUCGCCGAAUACAACGCUCGUAUUCUGGGAAUCGGUGAAAGCAUGACAUCGCAAGAAUCUGACCGCCAUCGCUCUUUUUCCUUCUCUGGGGUUCGGUCCAGAGGAAUGACCCCAGAAGUGACGCAGGAGAAGGGUCGACGUCGGACAACCAGUGAGGGACAGUACAAGAGCAGCCAUGACAACAUGAUGGUGGAUUCACCGGAUUUCACCCACAAUCUGGCCCUCAACCCGGGAGGUCGACCCAGAGAGGGUCCCAUGCACAGCUACCGGGAAACGUUCGAGGACGACGAUGCGGACGGGUUUGACAACAGUCCCGCCUUUGGAGGCGGUGGUGAGAUUUCCCCCCCGACCCCCAGCUUCCCUGUGUCGCCACAGACUCCUUACUUCAACAUGUCUCGCUCUCCUCCGGGUUUGACCAAGACUCCUCUGUCAGCUCUGGGACUGAAGCCUCAUCACCAGGGCGGAUCAGACUCUGAUUCUAACGACGGAGAGCAAGAUAAUCUCAGUUUUGGGGACUGCAGAGCACAACCAUUCAACGUUCCUUUCUCCUCCAGCAGUCCCGUCCACAGCACUGAUGGAAGGAGGAUUGGUUCUUCGCCGCACAGUCCCGUCCCCUCCUACCCGUACAGACCCACCUCCCCCGAGGGCUCCCAGGUCAACAUCAUGGGCGUCCACACCGUCCCCGGCAGCCCCAACACCCUCCACCGCACGGUGGCCACCAACACGCCGCCGAGCCCCGCCCUGCAGAGACGCUUGGGUCAAGCCAGCCCCUUACAGGCCAGACACCCUCCUCCAGCCGGCUUCCCUUCCAGCCCUCUGAUUGGCCGAAGCCCUAAAACGGCAGCAGUUGCCGGCGUGCCCCCCAGCCCCCUGAUGGGGCAGCGCUCGCCAUCGAGCGGCCACGGCACGCCCGACGAGCUGGGGGCUGCUUCCCGCCAGGGGAGCGCCCCGACGCCCUCCGAGCCCGCCUUCCCCGUCUCACCACAGCUGCCGGAGAAGCGGCACAUGUCCAGCGGAGACGCGGAGAGGACGGACAACAAGAACCUGCUGCCGGCCAGUGGCGGCAGCACACCGAACCUCUCCGGCGCACACGCGCUCCCAGACGUCUCAAAGUCCAUAUACGAUGGUUAUCCAGACAUUAAGAUGAACGUCAAGUUCGUCCAGGACACCUCCAAGUUCUGGUACAAGCCAGACAUCACCAGAGAGCAGGCCAUCACCGUGUUGAAGGACAGGGAGCCGGGGGCGUUCGUCAUCAGGGACAGCCACUCCUUCAGAGGAGCCUACGGUCUGGCCAUGAAGGUGGCCUGCCCGCCACCGACCAGCCAACAGAACAAAAAAGUUGGUGAAAUGAGUAAUGAGCUGGUGAGACACUUCCUGAUCGAGACGAGCCCCAAAGGCGUCCGUCUGAAGGGUUGCCCCAAUGAACCCUACUUUGGUUGUCUUUCCGCUCUGGUGUACCAACACUCCAUGACUCCGCUGGCUCUGCCCUGUAAGCUGAUGAUCCCCGCCAAAGACCCAAAUGAAGAGGCGCUGGAGCUCGCCACGCCUACUGAUCCACUGGCUGAACUUCUGAAGCAAGGAGCAGUUCAGAAGGUUCCCGAGGACGCCCACGCGUGCAAUGUUCUCUACAUCAACUCCGUGGACAUGGAGUCCCUCACGGGGCCUCAGGCCGUCGCCAAGGCGAUCAGUCAGACGCUGGCCACCAACCCUCUGCCGGACGCGACCACGGUGCACUUCAAAGUGUCCACGCAGGGCAUCACGCUCACCGACAGUCAGAGGAAACUUUUCUUCAGGCGACACUAUCCCAUCAACACGGUAACCUACUGCGACAUCGAUCCCCAGGACAGAAAAUGGGGCAAAGAAGGAGGCGGCUCAGUGAAGCUUUUCGGAUUCGUGGCGAGGAAACAAGGAAGCACAACAGACAAUGUCAGCCACCUGUUUGCCGAGCUGGACCCAGAUCAGCCCGCCUCCGCCAUCGUCAGCUUUGCGUCCAAAAUGAUGAAGCGGUGAAACCCCCGACGUCCGAAUGGCAUUGGCCAUUUUGAAAUCUUCCUUCAUCAUCGGUGUGUCUUUGUCCGCCUGGACUCGAUGAUGAUGUCCUUCUUCUAUCUCUUGUUUCCUGUUGUUUCCGUUUCUCUUCUCUCUCUCUCUUUCUCUCUGCCUUGCUGGUUUGUCUUGACUUUGGACAUUUUUGGAAGAGUCUCCACUUGAGGGAUUUGGCGUGGAUCCAGAGUGGCUCGAGCGGAAGGAAGUGUGAUGCGGAACUGUGGACGUGACAAACAUGGAGGGCAUUGAAGGGAGGAAAUGUACAAACAGGGGAACCUGUACUAGAAUAAAUACUAGUUAAAGACUAAAGGAACAAUGCUAAGUUCAGUCGAGGAACGCGCAAGGACUCGUAAGUUUCAGGGUUUUCCGUUGUCGAUUUUGUUGAUUGAUUUACCAAAGGUAGUUGCAAUACAAGUGCAAGAAAGGUGUAGCUAUUCAGCCAUUAUUAUUUCCUUUUUUCAAAAGAUGAAGGGUUGAACAAAAAAAAGGAGUAAAAAAAGAACAGAAAUACGCUUUCUUCUUGAACUUGUCUUCAGGAAAAAAGUUGGCCUCGGUGGCUUUUUAGCAAAACAGUCUGAAGACCUUAUGCAUGUUAGAUUGAUCUUUAAGCUUGGUUCUUCUACCUUCCACGAAAAAAGAAAAAAAAAGUCAUUGUGAAAUCCUUAGUGGUCAUUUUUCGGGUCUGUUGUGUGUUGGAAAGGGCUCCGCAGUGAAACAAAGACUGAUUGAAACUGCACAGAGCAAACCAGACUUUUUAAAAAAUACAUAAAAAAAGCCACACUACGGUCACCGCACCUCGUGUCAAUGCACACUUUGCAUCACUUCCGAAGACCCCCGGUCCAAGCCUGAUCCGUCUCUCUCUCUCAAAACUCAAAAACGCUUAUUGGAUGGAUUCCCUGAAGUCAGCAAGCUCUUCAUAGCAUGGCAAGACGGGAGAGAGAGGAAGACUGUUUGUCCACAAGAUGGCGCCGCUCCUUCAGGCUUGGACCCCUCUCCCCCAGCGUCACGUUGACUUUGCUCAUCGCCAACUGCUUGCAGUAGUGGAUCUGUUGAGAGACGCUGCCAUUGAAACACACUGGAAAUCACCAGGGACUGGCCCAAUGACCUGGACCUAUGCACUGUUCUUUAUGCAUGUUGUUGUCCCAAAUUGCACCCCUCCCUCAUAGCAACAUUCAACAUCACUGAAAACAUUCUAUGCUGUGUGCUAAAAAUGACUUUAAAAAACCUUUAGACAAGUAAACUGAGGUUGGAUGACUUGUCAAAGACUGCAUGAAAUAGACAACAUUUUUUUGUACUCCUCUCAGAGUCUUGAAAAGAAGUAGACAACCCAUUGUUGAAGUAGUCACAUGAUGGCGAGAUGCUAUAUUUUUUACUUUCUUUUUGUUUGGUCCAUUUGAGCCAGGGUUACCUUUUCACUGUAUCGAGGACGGUCCGGUCUUUGUUUUUCCUUCCACAGUGUCGUCAAAAUUUACAUUUAGAUACCUUUUUAGGACAAAGAAGUAGAAGAAGAAGAAGGAAAAAAAUGAGUUUCCACACUGUGCGCAAUAUGCCUGCUUGUUGAACACACGCUCAACCAUUCACAAUAAGCUAAGGAAAAUUGAUAUAAAUGUACAUAGAUAUACUACUUUGAAAGGAGACAUAGCGAAAAAGUAUUUAUUUUUGUUGCUUUGGUCCCUCAUGAUUACUCAUAUACAUAUAUUGUACAGUCUAGAAGAUUUCCUAAUGGGUUGAGAAAAAAAAGAUAUACUUAUUUUGGCUAAUGAUUUCAAAGUCUGACGAUUUUGAAAUGUGUUUGAAUAUAUGGUGUACAUUACUUUGUACAUGUAUACGUUUGUUUUCGGCUCGUCAUGUUCAUUUUUAACUUUUCUUUCUUUCAUUUUUUGCGAUCUCUCAGAACGAGGAAGGGCAUGAAUGAGAUAGAAGCGUCUGGAUUGCAUGGACAGAAGCAUUCGGGAGCGUUUCAGCAGCAGAAACGCGCUCGCAGAAGCAAAUGCGUCGUAGCCGGUAGAUCAUGUCGAUUUUAGAAAAAGAAGAAAAAAAAGGGAAGCACGAAAAAGUUCAGAAGCCACCCUCAAAUGCAAUAUGAAAACAGCUGUAUGCACCCAUGACAGUUCCAUUUAUAAUUUUGCCAAAGAUUCAAACAACGUUGUGCUGCAUGUCGCUUUUUUACGUUCAACCGCUACUCAAAUGUUCGUGUUUCACCCUUUACACACCUCGCUCGACUUUAGCAGCAGAUUCUAAGAAGGCUCAACCAGUGUGUGUGUUAUUGGUCAUGUACAACUAACACAAGGGGCCCUCGGGUUUACAUUCAGCUGCAGAUUUUUAUCGAUUCGUAUCAAUGCUCCAAAAAUUGGCCCACCUCCAUAGGCUGUUCCAGAGAGAACAGGUCCGCCCCUCCCCCCCUUCCCAGUUGGAAGUGUGCAAACAAAGCACUUCCAGUCACAGUACUAAAAUAAUAAAUUCCACGUGGGUGUCAUGGCCGCAGGUCGAUGAAGUCCAACGCGUCUCGCCGCGCCGCCGCCGCUCCGUCAGACUGCCAAAGGGAGUCUUCUUGAAAAAAUUCACGGAUUUUUAUUUAUUCUCUUAUUUUCUUUAUUACCCCCCCCCCCCCCCCCACACACACACACACACACACCCGACAUGUUAUUAUCUCGUUUCAUUGUCGCAUCGGAGCAGUUUUAGCGGUCAGUGUUAACGAAUGGAGGAAUGUAUGGUGGCGCUUCAUUGAGAGCAAAGAGGUACAUUGCACUUAAAUCGACUACUAACACGCUUUGUGCCAUUUUUAGUCAUUUUGAGAAGAAAAAGAAAAAGUUCUCUGAAUAAAAAAUUUAAAAAUACAUUUUUUUAAAAAUCUAAAAUUGCAUUUCACCUGUUGGCUUUGAGUCAAGAGUUACCGUAGAAGAUAUUUGUGACCCCUAUGUACAGAUGGAACUUGUUGUAUGAAUGCGAUACUAUGAAUGUACAAAAGGGUCUCGGAUUUUGUUUGCGCUUAUCAUUUACAUUAUAUUGUCAUGGCUUACCUGUUUCUAAGGAGGAAAAAAAAAACAUUAAAGCAAUACAAAUCAGUUACAUUCAA